UUUCCCUCUCUUCUCCCCAAACUCCCCCUCUUUCUCCUCUUCUCUCUUCUCUCUUCUCUCUUCUCUCUCUCUGAUCCAAUCCCUCCUCCACAAAAACCGUCCCCCAACCGUCGCCGCCGAUUUCUCUCCGGCCAACUCCUCAUCGGAUCCUCCUCCAUUCAGGCCAUGUCUUCUUUCACUCCCCGUCAUCGAUCGGAUUGGUUCGUCCUCUCCGCCAGCUCCGAGUAGAUCUUGGGUCGCCGGAGUUUCGCUUAUUCAUUUCCGGUCCGGCGGUUCUUCCGAGAUAAGGUUUUUAGUUACAGUCUCUGUAGUUUCUUGAUUGUUAUAGUAGAGUGGUUUUACUGUGUGCUGUGGUGGUUUUGGAAUCUCGGUGAGAGUCUGAGAGGUUGGAGAUUCGAUUCGAAGCUUCGUCGUGGAUCUUUGAUAAAAAGAGGUUUUAGAUCUUUUGAAAAUUUUCACAAGAGUUAGAGUAGAAUUUUUGUUUGGAUUUUUAGAUAUGGAAGAUCGGAACGUGAGAAUGAAUACUGGAAUGUCCGAUGUGGUAGCCGGCUGCGUGAUGCCGUAUAUCAAAGACUCCAAGGACCGCGACGCCGUGUCGUUGGUGUGCCGACGGUGGUACGAGCUGGACGCGCUCACGCGCGAGCACGUGACCAUCGCGCUCUGCUACACGACGACUCCCGAGCGGCUCAGGAGGCGGUUCCGGCAGCUCAAGUCGCUGAAGCUCAAGGGGAAGCCGAGAGCGGCGAUGUUUAAUCUGAUACCGGAGGAUUGGGGAGGCUUUGUGACGCCGUGGGUGGGGGAGAUUGCCGAGUCGUUUAAGAGCUUGAAGGCUUUGCAUUUCCGGAGAAUGAUUGUGAGGGAUUCCGACUUGGAGCUAUUGGCGCGGUCACGCGGCCGUGAGCUCCAAUCGCUUAAGCUCGACAAGUGCUCCGGGUUUUCGACUGACGGCCUUGUCCACAUCGCCCGCUUCUGCAGGGAUUUGAGGACCUUGUUUUUGGAGGAGAGCUCGAUAAUUGAGAAAGAGGAUGAGUGGGGUGAAUGGCUACAUGAGCUUGCUACAAACAACACUGUACUCGAGACUUUAAACUUCUAUAUGACGGAUCUUGGCAGAAUCAGAUUUGAAGACCUCGAACUCAUAGCCAGGAAUUGCCCCUCCUUAACCACUGUGAAAAUUAGCGAUUGUGAAAUUUUGGAUCUUCUGGGUUUCUUCCGUCAUGCAACUGCUUUAGAAGAAUUUUGUGGAGGUUCCUUCGAUGAUCGAUCAGAGAAUGAUCAAUCAGAGAAGUACUCAGUUGUAUCACUGCCACGAAAGAUAUGUCUUUUGGGUCUAACGAUGUUGGGGAAGAAUGAAAUGCCUAUUGUAUUCCCAUUAGCAGCUGCUCUCAAAAAGUUGGAUCUCCUAUAUGCAUUGCUCGACACUGAAGACCAUUGUACUUUAAUUCAAAAGUGCCCCAACUUGGAAGUUCUUGAGACAAGGAAUGUCAUUGGAGAUAGAGGAUUAGAAGUCCUUGCUCGGAGUUGCAAGAGACUGAAGAGGCUCCGAAUUGAGCGAGGUGCUGAUGAGCAAGGUAUGGAGGACGAAGAUGGUGUUGUUUCACAGAGGGGUCUGAUGGCUUUGGCACAGGGCUGCCUGGAACUGGAGUACUUGGCUGUCUACGUAUCAGAUAUCACAAAUGCAUCUCUGGAAUACAUUGGGACUCACUCUAAAAAUCUAAAUGAUUUUCGCCUUGUCCUGCUUGACCGUGAAGAGACGAUAACAGAUUUACCACUUGACAAUGGCGUUCGAGCUCUAUUGAGGGGAUGCCAAAAGCUUCGAAGGUUUGCUUUGUAUCUCCGUCCUGGGGGUUUGACUGAUUUGGGGCUUAGUUACGUGGGCCAGUAUAGUCAAAAUGUGAGAUGGAUGCUUCUAGGUUAUGUUGGUGAAUCUGAUGCAGGGCUUUUGGAGUUUUCAAAGGGUUGCCUUAGUCUGCAGAAACUAGAAAUGAGGGGCUGUUGCUUCAGUGAGGGUGCACUGGCUGUUGCAGUGAUGCAGCUGACUGCGCUAAGGUACUUGUGGGUGCAAGGGUACAGGGGAUCCCCAACGGGUCGUGAUCUUUUGGCAAUGACUCGCCCGUAUUGGAAUAUCGAGUUGAUUCCUCCUAGACGAGUUGAUGUUCUUGAUCCGAACGGGGAGAAAGUAGUGGUUGAGCAUCCAGCUCAUAUUCUUGCAUACUACUCUCUUGCUGGACCAAGAACAGAUUUUCCAAGUACUGUUAUCCCCUUGGAUCCAGAGUCUUUGAUUAACGCAUAGAGAGCUGUACAUACAAGCCUUUUUUUUUUUUUGUUUCCAGAUCGCAGUUUCACCCACACCUUGUUCAUAAAUUCUUGCAACUUUCUUUUCUUUUUGGUUAGUUGAGGGUUUCAAUUUUUAAAUUUCAUUUUGUAUUGUAUUUCUAGACUUUAAUCUGGCAAUAAGUCUGUGUUGCUGUGUGUAAUCUGAAAGCACCUCGCACUCUUUUAAGAGGUACUGUAUCAAAUCUACAUGCAGGGCAGUUAGCUAAAGUUUCAGUACUAUGGUGACUUCUAUUAGUCUGAUGAGUUGAUCUUACUGGAAUAUUUUGGUAGUUUUUGGAGCAUAAUCUGGAUAUGUUUGAAGUCUUUGAAUAAAAUUGUAGCGUGAUUUCUCUUGUUUCAACAA